AUGAAAAGGAUCCAACAAGAAUUGGGAAGCAUAGUGGGAAAAGAUAACGCAGUAGAAGAGUCUCAUAUUCACAAGCUUCCAUACUUACUCGCUGUUCUAAAAGAAACUCCAAGGUUGUAUCCAAUUCUUCCACUAUUAGUUCCUCAUUGUCCAAAUGAAACUGCAACUAUAGGAGGCUACACAAUCCCCAAAGGUUCUCGUGUUUUUGUGAACAUGUGGGCAAUACAUAGAGACCCUUAUGUUUGGGACAAUCCUUUACAUUUUGAUCCUUCCAGGUUCUUAGAUUCACAGUUGGAUUUCAAAAGUAAUGACUUUGGUUAUUUACCAUUUGGGUCUGGACGAGGAAUAUGUACAGGAAUAGCCUUGGCUGAGAAGAAUUUGUUGUAUUUUGUUGCAACAUUAAUGCAUUCAUUUGAUUGGAGAGUGCCUCAAGGCCAAACCACGAUUGAAAGUUAUUUGAUUCAAAAUGUGAACAAUCAUGUUGACAUGAGCGAACUUGCAAACCACAUAAUUGAUUUUCCAAACAAUAUAUAUUGCGUCUUGUUGAAAUAUUCAUGA